AUGCUCAAUGAGGAAAUUAGCAAAUUCUCGGCAUCCUCAUUGUACUAUCAGCAGCAUCAAAACAAGCUUGCAUCGCUUCUUGAGUCCUUAGCAGAGCAAGUCGAAGCAAACCUAGAUCAUGCCAAAUUUUCCGGUACCAUUUUUGUCAUAAUUGCCGUAGAAUCGAUAAAUGUGCUUGUAGAUGAAUAUUUCCUUAUCAUUCCAUCUUCCUGCUGCGUUUUUGACCCCUUAAUGCAAAAGGCUUCGCAAUUAAUUAAAGCGGUGUUAAUGAAAAAUGUCUUGGAAUUGUCUUUGGCACAAAAUACAGAAACACCCUCAACAAGCGCCUCUUCAUUUUGCUCCCCCUUCUCUUCUUCUCACAGGGACGACAAUGUUUUCGAUGCACUUCGUCUUCUUUCAGCAUUGCGUCGGACUGAAGUGCUGGAGCCAAAAACUAUCAUCUCUCUGCUUCUAACAUGGCUCUCUAGCCCCGGUUGUAGUGAGCGCACCGGGCUAUCCAUAUUAAAGAUCUUUGUUGAUUGGCACAAGACCCUUUUCUCCAAGGUGCAGCAUGAGCUGGAGACGACACCGGUACCGCAGGCACAGAUUCCACCAUCCGCAGCGCCUAGUUCGGUUACUUUGUCGCAGUUGAUUUCUUUCUUCCUUUCAUUUGUAAAGGAUCUAUUUAGUUGGAUACAUUCGCAUUCAAUGGGAUCUUCUAGCGCUUCGCAUUGCAUUCCAUCUCACCAACCAUCGGCAUCAAAUUCUUUAAAAGUUGCCACCGAAUGUCCGCUGAUCAUCGUGGUGCUGUUCCAGAUUUACAAGAAACCCAUGGCCGACUUGUUUGUUAACGGUCCUUUAAUGAUGCAAUUUGUCGAAUUUUCGCGUACCACACUGUUGGAUCGACAGUUGACUACUUUGGAUGAUAGUAGCUUACCUUUAGAGAUUUUGUCCCUGCUAACGUUUAUGGCCAGGGCCAUUCCAAUAUCCAUGAAGUCAUUUGCACCAUUUUUUCCAAAAUUACUGAUGAGCCUUUCUGGAAUCAUUCCAGAAGAUUCAUAUGGGCUAAGAAGGGAAGUGCUGAUUGCUCUUCGCCAUUUAAUGCUAACGCAGGAUGUUAGGCCCCAUCUUGGAGCAAAAGUGGGCGAAUUUCUUGACCCAUCAAAAUGUCAUUUGUUCAAUUUUUCCAUCGACGAGGAGGGCGUUUGUUCAUCUUCUCUGCAAUCAACAGCGGCGCUCCAUUUUAGAACGGAAAUCCCGGUUUCUCUUUUCAAUUGGACUUUGAUACCGGCAUUUGUAAGCUUGCUAGAGUCCGAGCAUAACCGCUCCGGUCUUUCUUUUGGCGUCAGGGCCGUGGCGGCUAGGCUGCUAAGUACGAUUGCGGAACACUUUGUGGUCGGGCUUCCUCUUGCUUCCCACCCGCAACUUACAAUGGCCAAUAGGAAAGAGGCCUAUUGGAGAAUAUUUUACUCGUACUGUAGGGCCAUUCAUAUGCUUUCGGAAACGCCUGUUUUCGGUUCUGAAGAAACUGGCAUAGAAAAUUUUAGAAUUCUGUUUCGUGCACUAGUUACAGGCCUUAAAGUGAUCUUUUUCGCCUUUCGCUCGCUUCAACCAUCACCUGCCCCCUUGUCUUCCGCAAUCUUUUCGGUUCGAGGUAUCCUUCAUGAGGAGUCGAUUUGGUUUGUCCGUCUUUUUGGGGAUCUUGUAGCCACAUUGGUGCGUCUUUGUGCGUCCGAUCAAAAAUGCAUCCAAGAGCCUUCUUCUGGUCUUUCCUCUUCGCUUUCGUGUGAGACGAUCAAUUUUUUUGCCAAAGGAUUGGCAUAUGAUGCGUCUCUUUUGCAAAGCCAGCUCGCACAAGAGGAAAAGGACAUGGUGGAGCAGAUUGCGCAGAUUUUCAUUUUGCUGGAGGUUUCUGUUUUUUCGGACAUCAUUUCCUCCAACUGCCCAAACAUAUACAAUGCAAUUACAUCUGUGCCUGCACUCUCCGCACUUCUUCAAGUUUUUUUGGUUGGACCUGGAGGGCCGGAGGUUGCCAAAAUCACACUUCUUCAUUUGCUUCGAUGGCUUUCCAAGAAUCUUUUCGGCGGCAAUGAGCUAUCCCAAGUGAUGAAUAUUGAUAGUGCAGCCCGUCUGCAGCGUAUAAUGAAAUUAAUGUUGAUGGCUUUGGGGGCUUAUCCAGAAGAAAUCGAGGGUGUUUGGGCAGCUUUUCUUCCUGAACUGAUCCUUUCGUGUUUACGUUGCGGUUCUUCCAAAGUGUCACAGGAGCCUUUUCAUGCCCUUUUGCUUCUUAGAACUCUUUUUCGAGCCAUUGGGGGUGGCCGCUUUGAAAUUCUUUAUCGUGAAAUUCUUCCUAUUCUGCCAACAAUUCUUGAGACACUCAAUGCCCUGCUUCACUCCAUUGAGAUUCUUCAGACAUUUUCCAGAGGUAGCCAUGAAUCAAACACACCGCUAACGCCUUCAUACCCACAACCCACGGAUUUGCUGAAGGAUUUGGUUGUCGAGCUGGCGCUUACCAUUCCUGUGCGUCUUUCUGUGCUGCUUCCAUAUCUUUCACUUUUGAUGAAGCCACUUGUGUAUUCGUUAAAAGUUAUAAGCUCACCUUCAAUGUCAAUGAUGAUUAUGAUGCCAUCCGCCUCUGCAACAUCUGCCGCCUCACAAGCGUCAGCACCUACGUCUAACAUCUCGAGUGGCUCGUCAUCCUCCUCCUCAUCUUCCUCAUCGUCUUCAACGUUUAUGACGCCUGAAUUGCUGUCUCAAGGCUUGCGGACUCUGGAGCUUUGUAUUGAUAAUUUGACGCAGGAUUUUCUCGAUCCCAUUUUGUCCAGUGUCAUGCCAGAGUUGCUUGAGGCUCUUUGGGCUCAUUGCAGACCUCUCCCAUAUCCUUCCCAAUUUGCUCAUACUGCGCUUAGGAUCCUUGGAAAGCUUGCAGGACGUAAUAAGAGACCCAUACGGCAACUAAAUUUCAAGACGCAUCUUUCUUCAUCAUUGCAGGUGCCCUUAGAGGCUCAGCACGAGCAGGCUUUUUUGCAUCGGCUUAUUUCACAGUGGAAUGAGCUCUUGUGGCUGCCAGAAUCACAGCAGUCGUUCAAGAAGCGAGAUAGCGCAUCUCCCUCAUCACCUGCUCAUUAUCUUCCUCGUAUCACUCGUUCCUAUUUGGAGGAAAAGCGCUUAAGGCAUACUAAAGAGCUGAUCGGCAUCCAGAUCAGAUAUCUAGCCUACUUUUCUUGGUUUAAUCACGACGAGUCGGACCACACUAGUACCGUGGACGGGCAUUUCUUUUGCGUUAAUGACCCCGUAAUUCUCGAUAAAACUUUCGAUGAUUUCCAAAAGAUGGACGACAAGCAUCAUCAUCAUCAUCAUCAUCUCCCUUCGGCCUCGUUCUUGCAUCAAAUCAGAGAAAACCUCGAACUGGGGCUUGCCGAUGCUAUGAGGGAUAGCGAGCGCAGUAGCGAUAUUAUUGAUAUUUUUUUUGACGAGUAUUUAUGUUCUGAAAAUCCACAGCUGAGAAUUUGUGCGUGUUCUCUUUUGCUUCGAGUUUUGCGCGGGACAUGUUAUCAAAAUCAUCCUGCCUUUAAGCAAUUGUCUCAACAGGAGUUCCAGCAUGGCGUCGAGGACAUCCUAUUUCGAAUAUGCGGGCUUUUCCGAGAAAAGUCCAUCUAUGCCCGUCUCUCUGGAUCUGACCUGUUACGCGAAAUAUUCUCCAAAAAGAAAAGGUUUUCAGUUGCAGAUACCACUCUCACUUUUUGUGCCGAAGCCCUUUUCAAGUCCCUUGAGUUGGCUAGUCAGCAUUUGGUUGGCAUUUGCUCGCUACAGAUAGCGCCCGAGCGUGCCCUUGAUUCCCUUUUGCUUGUUCUUAUUGAGGAAAGGAACGACACUCCUUGUUUAGGGUUGCUUGGGGUUUUGACGCAGGAGCUUGCAUCUCCUCUGGAAAAAAAUAGGGCCAUGGCACAAGGGAUGCUUGAACAGCUGGCUAAGAAAUUUGAAAAGCAGGAUGGGGAUGUUAUUGCUGCAAAGUCUGGGGCUCUUGGUGCUUUACCCCAUAUACCGGUAUCUUCAGCUCCCGCUGCGCAGCCAGCGCUUGCGAUUACAUCAUCGCAAACACUCAAUUCAUCGGUCCCCACACAAGAUGCACGGCCUUCUAUUCCAAGUGCCGGAAUAACUACCCCACCCGUUCCUGUGGUAUCAUCUGCUGCAGGUCGGGCUCUUUGUAAGCUACUUGAGCCCAUCCGAUCUACAAUCAUUGAGCAAGAGUGGCUUGGCGGUCCAGAAGGAAGAGACAUCUCUUUGCUUCCUAUUUCUCAUCAGAUCGGAAUAAUUGAAGCGAUAGCUUUUGUCAUGAAAAAAGAUCCGUCUUUUUUGGAAUUUUCCCCAUCUUUUCUUGCUUUGGUUACAGAUUGUGUGGGCAUGGCUGAUACCAUUGAAGAUCAAUCUUCAAUUUCAAUGGGAGUAAAUUCGGUCUCAGCAUCGCUUGCUACACCUUCAAGUGCAGGUCCAGCACAUGCAGCCUCAAACACAACCUCUUCAUCGCCUGCACCGAGCGCCACCACUCCUUCAGGGUCACAGAUUGCCUCCUCACCUUCUGUCACAUCAGCAGUGGCCAAGGGAAGCAAUGGCCCGUUCGGGGCCCGGCUUCGCAUAGCUUGCAUCCGGCUCCUUACGGCAGCCAUGGGCUCGCCUACUUUUUCAGCACCGGGAAACCAUUUGGCACUCAGGAAUCGAAUUGUGUCCAUCUUUUUCAAGUCUCUUUAUGCUCGAAAUCCUGAUAUAGUGGGCGCAAGUAAAACAGGUCUUGCUCUCGUCAUAGCCAUGCAGCACAAGCUACCGAAAGAGCUAAUGCAGCACGGUCUUCGUCCCGUGUUGAUGAACCUCUCCGAUUAUAAGCGGUUAACCAUACCUGGGCUAGAGGGUCUCGGCCGCUUACUUGAGCUUCUCACUUCUUAUUUUAAAGCCGAAAUUGGUCGCAAGUUGCUAGAGCAUCUCAGGCAAUGGGCUGAAGCUGCCAAGGCGGCGUCUCCUUCUGGGCCUCCAGAAAUCUUGGCGCCAGAAAUCGGCAUCAUCGUAGCCAUUUUGGAUGUCUUCCAUCUGCUUCCACCAACCUCAUCAGUAUUUCUAGAAGAGACGCUGGUCGCUCUGUGCUCACUUGAAGAAAUGGUUCGCAGGACAAGAGCCUCGCCUUUCAGGAGGCCCGUACUGCGCUAUCUUUGCAAACACCUUUCGGUUACCAUUGAAGUGAUUGUUGGGGGAGAACGACUGAAGGAUGAUCGUAUUGUUGGGCUUUUUUGUGAGCUCAUGGCGAUGCACAGUGAGGCACGGGACAUUGUGCUUUCUCCAGGAACUUGGGAGCUUCUGGCCAGUCGUCUCGAUCUAGGAGAGAACAAUCAAAGCUGGAGGGACAGCCCAGGGGCCAAUGCAAAUUUUUCCGAAGUCGUUGCCUCCAUGCUUCUUUCUUUACAAAGAGGUACUCUUUCUGGGCAUCUUCAACAAGACAAAGAUCCAUUGUCUUGCAAGAAUCCCUCCGCUUCCGGAUCCUCUUCAGUAUGCAAGCUUCUGAGCCCGCAGCUUGCAGAGAGUGUCUCAACCCUCAUUGUGCGGAUGAUCCAAAGACAUAAGGUUAAGCCCCGCAAGGGAGGAGAGCGGAUACUGCUUCGUUUUGGAGAUGCCUUUGCCACUUCACUCGAAGAUGUUCUUUGGCAAGCAGGUACCGCCCUGCUGGUCGCCACAGCUCCUAAGGCAUCUGAUAUAGCGAAGGUGUCCUCUAGCGAUGGUGUGCUUCAUUGCAACGAAAAUGCACCUCUGCUGCUACCUCUACUAGCUGCAUUGGUGGAUUCAUUUCCACAGGUUCUUGAGCAGCGUAUACAGUGUGAUCUUAACUUUAUUUGCAGCCUUAUCGAUGCCGUUGAUCCCUGUGAUGACCCUCCUAAUUGGGCUGCUCGGGAGGCCUUUCUUGUUUCUUGGAUCAAUGAUUUGAAAGAACUUGACAAGGUUUCACAAGAAAAAUUGGUAAAAAUCAUCGAAAAGCGGGGGUUCUGCUCUUCUGCCCUUCUCUUUGCCAUCGCGAAAAUGUCGGUUCGUCUCAAUUCGGAGUCUUUAAACGAGUGGUGCCACACUACCAUUACUACUGUUGCCAAGGAACUUCCUACCGACGGUGACGAGGAUCGGUACAAUCUCGCUGCGGCUCAGGUGCUUCUUUAUGCAUCUCAUCCAAAUGAAGUAGGUGCAAAUGGAGAACUCGAGUCUUCUUUCCGUGUAUUGCUAGAUUUUGGUGGCUCAAACAGCACUAUUGUUGAUUCUCGACGUCUAUUUGCAGUGAUAGAGAUCCUGACAAUAGCGUUAUCAAUGUCGCUCGAACGCGUACUUUCCGCCAUUCUGCAUGUACUUGCAGGCUAUGGCCCACCUAUGACAAAAGGCCUUGGCUCAAUAUCUGGAUCCGAGCAUGUUAUGGCGUCACUUUCUCAACAACACGGAAUUGUUUGGAGCGCUCUUGCUUCAAUGACCGCCUGCUCAAAUCAAGCUCGCGUGAUACCAACCUCGUUUUCAUACAAAGCUCCAGGGUUUCCUCCCUUUUUGGGGAUUCCUUCAUCAGCAAAGAUAGAAAAUUCAACAGCAGGUGUCCCAUCGCCAAUAAAAACCAUAUCUCCCCUGCAGAUCACGGCUGCAAUGGGGCAAGCUCCUUGUUGGUGGUGGUACUCGGCAUUGGAAGUGAUAAGCUCGCUACUUUCGCAGCCACAAUCACCUAUUUCUGAUCUUAUGAAAAGUGGCCAGCUCUUAAUUAUCGAUUGCAUUAUAACUCUUUCCAUUAACAACUCAUCUGCAACGACUCCUUCUCCAGUAUCAACAACAUCUUCGUCCAAGCAGCAUCACGUGCGAAAAAGGACUCGCGUCGCCCAGGCGGCUCAACCUUUGCCUUUGAUACCGAUCCUUGGGCCUGGUGUUUGGGAGGGCACCUCUGAAACCCUUUUUCGAAUCAUCCUUUCUGGCCAAGGGUAUACCCUGUGUUCUUCUUCUCUCAUGGCAAAGCCUACCUUUACGCCACCGGUGAACCCCUCAUCAACGGUGUGUAAUGGUGGUGGUGCCUCUUUGGCAGCAUCGGUAUCAUCAAUGCCUUGCCUGGAGUAUGAUGCAUAUGCAUUAAAACUGGCUAUGUCUGCUGCAGAAGCUGGACUCUCCUUGCCAUGGCAUUUGGUUGAUGAGAUUUUCCAAUCCUCUCCAGCACAAACUGCGUCCAUGAUCCCACUGCCUGCAAACGCAGCUCAGGCAUCCUCGUCUGCCGAACCUCCCAUGGCUACUCAAGCUUUUGCGACAUCGUUUUCGGAAUUGCCUAAGCCUUUACGAUCGAUUCUUAAUGCCCUCUUUUUGCUUGAAAUGAUAUUUUGCGUAAAUGCCAAGGAAGAGCGAGAAAGAUAUGUGAAGAUAAUUAUGGAGCGUAUCCCUUCGCUUUUUCCUGGGUUCUUUUUUUCAUACCCAACAUCGCUGCUUCAACAUGGUGUUAGUGGGGGAGCAAACUCAUUCUCGUCUGCAAUGACAUCUUCUCCUCUUCUUUCAUCUGUGCUCUCGCUUCGUAUUUCACUGUCGCUUUCUGGUCUUUUAUUUUAUAAGAAAAACGGUCAAGUUGUGGAAAGACUGGAUGUUGUUCCCUCUGAUUUCAAUCCGGCACUCAUAGUUUCGCUUCCUUCACUGCUGCCUGUCUUGCUCUUUAUUUGGUCGAACUUUGGCGCUGUUUCUUCAAAACGUACAACUGCCGCCUUGCCGACAAUAGCUGGUGAAGUGUUGUACGCUCACGAAGAUAACAAUGACUUUCAGGCGAAAUCUACCGCCUCCAUCGCAGCUGCACCUCCAACAUUGCUUCCUAUUUCGGUGCUAAUUAGCAUGCUGUCAGAUCUGGCACGCGAAGCACUUGCGCCGGGAGCCCCGGCCUCUGCUUCUGAGGUUGCUUUCUGUACCGCCAUUAUCACGGAAAAGGAUAUUUUAAUGGGCGGUCCUCAAGAGAUACUCUCCACCAUUCGUGGCUUAGCAAUGAUACUCAUUUUUGAUAUCAUUGAAAGGGAUGCUUUGGCAUCUAACUUGGUCUCAUCUAGCGAGGAGCGACAAAAAUUCCUUGGCGUGAUCGGAAUGAUUACCUCGCAUCCGAUGCUUUAUCCUCUUGCCGUAAUCGAAGAUAUUCUGGUGAGAAUUUUUCACUGGCUCAACGGGGGAACUUUCAUGUUGAAAGAGAAAAUGGACUUGCUUUUUAUGGCUGCCUCUUGUUACGCGAAGCUCCGCGAAAAUUCCUCUGAUUCGGGCCAUCAGGCCAUGGAAGGUCACUUUGGAGCCGGCCGUGAUGAUCACCCAAAUGGCCAAGAUGGUGAUCAUAAUCUUCACCAUUGGGGUGAUUUGGGCCUACUUCUAGCCAAGAUUCGGCUCGGAAGUAUCCGAAAAGUGCGCCGGGCUAUGGUUCAGCUACUUUGUCUGGUGUAUGGAAAGUCCCAUGUAUCAAUGGAUCUUCCUUCCCGAUCUACCCCUGAAGCGAUGCCCUGCUCGUCAUUUGCACAUUCAGAAGUAACCUUUCAACUACAGAAAGACUUUUUAUCUUUGAUGGUAGAAUGUCGAGGCGAGCCUGAGCUGUAUGAUCAGCUAAUUGAGGUGAUUUAUCUUUCUCUUGAAUUUGCGCAACCAUCACUGGAGGGUCCCUUUAAAGCCCUGCGUUAUAUUCUUGGCGUUCAGAACUGGGAGGCCAUUGCGACCUCAUAUUGGAUCCACGAAGCUUUGGCCCUCAUACAACGUGCUCGAGGACCUUUACUUUCCCAAUUUCAAGGUCCGAUUUCAGCCCUAGCCCGUGUAGAUGGAGCUUGGGCUCAUGUAUGCUGGGUACGAUGUUUUGGCGAAAUCGCCAUAGCUGCUUCUCAAAACCGCGAACGCGAAGGAACCGACAUGAUAUUGCUCUCAACCAUAGGGGCUGAUCUCUCAUACAAUCUAUCACGGCCAUAUCAUUUGCUUAGCUCCUCUUCUUCCACUUCUUGGUCCCCGCGAAACCACACGCUACCGGCAUGUACGCUGUUGGAGGCUAUUUCAGCUCUCGCAUUACAUCAUCCCCAAAUCAUGGUACAGUUUGGGCUCAGUGAGAUGCUGCUACGGUACCUUGCCAAAAACUUCAAUUGGUUUGCACCUGUACUUUCUCUUGAGACCAUGUGUAGGGCUUCACAAAAUUAUGAGGCUCUCGGCUAUUUAUAUGAAGCAAUGGGAGAGAGUGAUGGUGCAUUCGGGGCACGGAGAUGCCAGGCACGCCACGGGCAGACCAUUCUUGCGAGCUCGCUGGAACAGGCCGAAUAUCUUGAAGGUGCACAAGUAGUUUUGGAGGCUGCGCAGGCUGUUGCGCGAGCAGGACGUCUUGCCACAGAACCACUUGUCAAGAACGAAGUUGGAAACAUCGUCAACAUCAUGAAAGAUCCGUGUGAUAGUACCGCUUGCCCUAGCGGUGAUGGAUCUUCCUUUUAUUAUGAUGCUUAUGGUGCCCGGAAAGGUUCAUCUUGUGAUGCAAAAAAGUCUGAAAAUGCCUCUUCCCAUUCAUUCGGAGAAGGCGGGGAUGAAAUGCAACAAUGGCAGGAGCGAUGGAUCGCUGCUGCGCGGCGGCUGCAACAAUGGGACGUUUUGGUUGAACUUGCAAAGGUAGACAAUGACAUCGACCUCUCACUUGAUGCAUCUUGGCGCUUGUUGGACUGGAGCACCUCUAAAGAUCAAGCCGCUGUGCGCGCGGCACUAGAGCUUGUUGCGGAUGCCCCAACACCUAAGCGUCUUUUUUACGAUGCUCUGCUUCACUUACAUCAAAUCAUCACGGGAGUUGUUGGAAAUAUCGGCGGGGGCGGUACUGGUACCAGCGCUGGUGCUGGCCUUUCUGGUGGGAUCCAUGGGCCAGGAGCUAACGCAUCCUCUGGAUCAACAGUCCUCUCUGGUCGGCGUGUCGCUGAGUUGGGCCGCCUUAUCGAGGAAGGUUUCCAGGUGACUCUUGCACAAUGGGCCGCCAUGCCAUGGCCACUUAUCGGCUCAUCUCAAAAUGAUUCGCUAUCAAUUCUCUUUCAGCUUUUUGUGGAAGUGCAGGAAGCUGCCGGACUUUUCCUUGGUGCUGGAGGCGGUGGAGCGGGCAAUCUUCACCUUUCCAAUGCAUCACCGCUCCAGCCCCAAUUGACUAUGGUGCAAGAGCUCAGAGGAAUCUUGGGCACCUGGCGGGAACGGCUUCCCUCCAUCCAUUAUGAUUCCAUUGGGGCAUGGUCUGAGCUGGCUGCUUGGAGGCAGUCUCUCUUUUCGGCCAUCAAUGGGCUCUUUGCAGCCACCGUUACGGAACUAGACAACAUGGUGAUAAUGGGUGGAGCCGCAGGUCCUGGCAAUAUGAACGCCCCAUCUACGGCCCCAUCUUCGGCCUCUUCUGCUGCAUCUUCUGGAGGAACCCUGAUUUAUCGCGGUUAUCAUGAAAGCGCAUGGCUGAUCAAUCGCUUUGCGACUGUAGCUCGUCGCCAUCGUCUUCCAGAUAUUUGCGUACAGCUGCUCAAUAAGAUUUACACGCUGCCCAACAUCGAGAUUCAAGAUGCUUUUUGGAAGUUGAGCGAGCAAGCACAAUGCUAUCUUGAUGCAUUUUACGAUCCGCUGUCAGCACCAUGGCUGACAGCGGCCGUACCACUUCACGCUGCUGCUACGUUUGGUGGUGCUAGUGGAGGGGCUACAAGUGCAAAUACGGACACCAACAGCAGCACGGCACAAGCCACCGAAGGAUGUGCGGAUGACCAAGGCGCAGCCAAAUCCAGUUCCACGGCAUGCUGUGCGUCUCCGGGAACGUUGUUGCUUGUAGCUGGGCUUGAGAUUAUCAACUCUACAAAUUUGGCAUACUUUGGCGCCUCUCAAAAGUCGGACUUUUUUUCCCUUAAAGGCCGUUUUUUGGAGGCUCUUAACCUCACCGGAAUUGAAGAAGCAAACAAGGUUCACUCGCAAGCAGUACAGCUGGACAUCAACCACGGACGCGCCUGGGCUGCCUGGGGUCAUUAUAAUCGCCGCCGCUUCCGUGCAUUUAUCGCCAAAAAAGAAGAAGAAAAUCAUGAUUUGGGCGUGGAAGCUGCUGGCACGUGCUCCGCAGAUGAAUCCUCAUUGACCGCUGGAAGAUCUCCUGGCCUAGCAAAACCACCACCAUGUUCGCUGAAUAUCACAUCCGCCACUUCACUGGGGACAACCUCUCCGUCGACGUUGACCUCAUUUACUGCAUUGACACCGUAUCCGGAGGAGCCUAACGCACAAACAUUUGCAAUGCAUGCUAUUCACUGUUACUUGCAGGCAAUGAUUCUUGGAACAUCCUCUUCCUCUUCUGCGUCUCAUCACCAAAAUGCCAACCAAAGACGCAAUGAUCCUUCAACAGCAUCAUCUUCUGUGGCAUCUGCCUCUUCUUCUGAUCCAAACGGGACAAACUCAUCUUCGCAUGAGCGCUCUUUUUGCGAUGAAGAUGCUGAGGAUCUCCGCUAUGGCUCUGGACUGAGCAAUGGGUGCACGCACAGUCAAGCUUUGUUACUUGCUUCUAUGAUUUUGAAGAUGUUGCGAAUGGCGCCAGAGCUUGCAGGCAUUUUUGAUCUGUAUUUGGCAGAGCUUCCUUUGGCUCCGUGGCUACCGUUUCUGGAAGAAAUGCUUGAUGACUUGCGAGAUUCUCCGGGCUCUAGCUCAACCAUGGAGCUAGGCUCCAGGCUACGAAGCUUAUUGCAGCGCAUUGGACGCCUUUUCCCGAAUCUUCUCUUUUAUCCGCUUUCAGCACGUAUUCGAAGCAAAGCUUUGGAUUCUAAUGGAGACGAAAUGGCAGCGCUAUUGUCUAUGCUACGGGCAGUCCAUCCUUUGGCCACGGAGACAAUGAUCAUCUUUUUGGGGGAAGUGCAAAACAGCCUAAUGUCGGCAAAGAAAAACAAUCACCUGCCCUCAAAAAAGAAACGGUGCAAUGUGGUAGUGAGCCCUGUGCAUGUAACUUCGCGUUGGCUUUCUUCGUUCCCACGUCUCCCAAUGGAUGAUGAGCUCGAAUUACCUGGUCAGCGUUUGGUAUUACCACGCAAAGGCGAUACUGGGGCAUCAUCUACAAAAAUCGACUCCUUUGGUGCCAUCCUGCGCCAAACAGAUGGUCAUUAUGGGCUUGUGGUAUAUCUUAGUGAUGGCAGUGUGCGGGCUAUUACCAUUUUUAAUGACACCGAAAGGGUCAAUGCCAUACUUGGUGCGGCCACAGCAUCGCGGCUUCUUUGGAUGCUGGGCGGAGUUGCCUCAAAGGGGCGUCUGGUUCGCCAACGGGCAUCUCCGCUGCUCACGUGGAAUUCAUCUUUGUUGCCACUAAUUGCCUCUGAUGCUCUGAAUGGAAAUGGAUCCUGCAUGGUUGUUCUUGCAUCUCCAGACAUCAUUGUAGACCCGCUCUCCAUGGCUCAAUGCUUAAAUACGACCACCGGCGCCGCUGCUCAGCCGGCGGAAGUAGAAAUUGCAACGGCAGGGCCAAUGAAGCCCCAAACGCCGGCUAAAGAACAGGACAUACAGAUGGCGUGUUCCUCAGUACUGGCAGCAUUCGUAGCUGCACGGCUGGCCAAUUCUCAAGACUAUUGGCUUUAUCGCAAGUCGUUUGCACUACAAUGGGCUGCUCUGAUCACGGGAUGGAGCAUCCUGGGAAGCGUACGGCAGCGCGAUUUAGCCUCAAUUGGGUUAGGCCCUUUGGCGCACGGUCGGCUCUCCUGGAUUGGCGCUGCGCUGUUUGAGCGUCUUGACGCUACGGCACAUGAACUGGCUUUAUCAGCCACUGAACGGGCUCCAAAUGCCUCGCAAGAAAUGUCGACGCAGCCCAACUCUGCUUGUGCUAUCAAAAUUGACCCUUCAUCGCUGCGUUAUGAUACCCAAGCACCGGGUAUGCGUGUGCUGCAUGCUCCCCUUGUGUUCCGUAUGGGACCUGCACUGCAAACAUUCUUGGGCCGUGUUUUUGUAGAUGGGCUCUUUGUGCCAUCCGUGCAUGCCCUUGCGGAUGAACUUUCCCAUCGCUCUGAAGAAAUUAGCGAUCUCUUUGAUCUUCUAGCUGGUAGCCAGCCAACGAUGGAGCAACGGGUUCGUGGUCCCUCUAUUCAUGCACGAGGGGCUUUAGAACGCAUCAAAGUUCUUGCUUGCGAGAAAGAAAAGGACAUCAUUUCUGCACAUGUCUCUGCUUACGUGAGCCAGGUCGUCUUUUCCCAAGAAGACAUUCAGGAUGGGGGAUCAACAGCAGCCGGAACCCAAGCUACCGUCCAGAGCGAAUCCAAGGUCAAGCAACCACUGCCAGUCUCACUUUAUGCACCUAUCGUCGAGCUCAUUUCACAGGCAUCGAAGGCCUGUCAAGAUAUUUCUGGCGUGGACCCACGAUGGCAUCCUGAAUUCUGA